GUAGUGAUAAUACAUACAUAUGUGGACUUAUAUGGAACACUAAACUUCAUUAAUAGUGUUUGCUUGGUUCAUCUCUCUCUCUUUUCCUUUCUUCAGUGCUUUCUUUCUCUCUCUAAGAAACCAUUCUCUUUCUCUUGCCAAGAAAACCCAUCUAAGGAGGAGGAGGAGAUCAGAUUUGACUUGGUGUUAAAUGAUAAAGAAGAUCUGGUGUUAUGUUAAAGUAUUUGGGAAGAGAAGAGGCAAAUAGUAACAGUGGAAGAAUCAAAUGUUCUUAUCCACUGAGAACCCACCACGUGACCCACUAUCAUCUUCUUCUUCUUCCUCCGAUCUCUUACGUCUCACCACCACUUCUUCUUCCCAUGAGUUAGGUCAAUCCCAUCUCUCCAAUUUCUCCAUCAGAGAUUACGCAUACAGUAACAGGAAGAACAACAUCAAGAAGAGCUGGCCGUUUUCUACCAAAAGUCUCCAUCUUUUCUCAUCUCAUGGAGUGACUGAUCCUUUGCCACCGUUUCAGAAGUUUGAGACCACUUCUAGUAAGCAAAUCGUAUCGCAUGUCCAUCAUCAGACAAUAGCAGAGACUAGUAAAGGAGUUUGCAUCAAGAAUGGUGUGUUUACUAGCACAAGUGUUUCCAAGUCUAAGUUAGAGAUAGUAGUAGCUGCUACAAGUAAUUACAAGAGUCAUAAAAAGUGUGGACGAGGAGGAAUGGUGAAGUCCAAAGAAGAAAGUUGUGGUGUCCUUGUGACGACGGCUUCUGAAUCAAAAACAUGUCCUAUCUGCAAAGCUUUCUCAUCAGCUUCCAACACUACUUUGAAUGCUCACAUCGAUCAGUGCCUGUCUGUUGAUUCAGAAAUGCCACCGGUUAGUAGUAAGGCAAGCAAGACUAGAGUUAAACCUGUUGACUCACCGGUGCCACCGGUUAGUAGUAGUAAGCCAAGCAAGACUAGAGUUAAUCAGUGUAUGUCUGUUGAUUCAGUGGCCCCAUUUGCUAGUAGUAAGCUAAGCAGGCCUAGAGCGAAGCCACUGAUGAAGAUUAAAACGCUGGUUGAUAUCUACGCUACUGCCAAAAGAUGCACAUUAGAAGAUCUUGACAAGAGAAAUGGAACACAAUGGGCGUCGGUUUUGAGUCGUACAAACCGGGUUGCUGCUGAUGUGUCCAAGAAGCGCAAAGCUUCUCCUGUCGGCGUUGGUCCUGUUUACAUUGAUGCCAAGGGUCAAAAACUGCGGAUACUAACAGAGUUCAGCGACAAGAAGUCUUCUACUCCGUUGAGAGAGCAGCAGCACGAGGAUGGUAUUAGUAGUAAAGAAAACAGUAAAAUAAGCUUGAGGAAGAGACGUUGUGGAAAGAAACAUGCUAUCAAUCACAAAGCCAAUGCUUCAGAGAAGGUACCGGAGAAUCGAAGAGAAGGUAGCAGCAGCAAGGGUCCUCGUAGAAUCUAUAAUCAGCGUAUGUUAGCAAAACGUAGUGGUCUGGUUUCAAAGAAGCUAAAUGAGAAAGGACAUAAAUUUUAUGCUUUGAGGGAUCAGCCAUCUGAGGAUGAUGAUGAUGAUGAAUGGUCAGGAGGAGACCGUCUUGUGUUGAGCGGUGCUGAUUCUACUCCUUUAAAUAAACAGAAGCUGCGGAGCCAAGUCUCUGGAAAGAAUCAUAAGACUAUGUUUGAGAGUAAAAGAAACAGAGUAGAGUUGAAGAAGAAGAGCUUUGGUUCGAUUCAAGAAGAUAAGUAUCCACCUGGAAAGAAUGUCAGAGAGGUUGCAGAUGCAACUAACAUGAGAAACUUGUCCCCACCGUUUGUAGCAAACGGCUGGAGACUAUUAUCACCGCCUGUGGAGCUAAAGAGAGCUCGGUUUGAUGAUUUGUCCGAGGAAGAAGAAGAAGAAACUGGGAAAUGGGAAUCUGAAAUGACACAAGAACGUGAACUAUCAGAUGAUGAUUAUGUUUCUGGUGAUGAUAAUAAUCCUUCAUUUAGUAGAUACUAUGAUUAUGACAACGAUGAUGACGAAGAAAGUAGUGAAGAAGAGGAAGACUAUACCAAAAGAGCCAAUCUGUUGGACAAAACCGAUGACACAGGUGAUGAAACAGGCACUCCUCCACUUUCUAAUGAAACCAUACCUAGCGAGAGAGCAAUGUAUUACUCUGAAGUAGUUGGGGAUGUGAUGAUCGACGAGCAAACCGCAUGCGAUGAGGAGGAGGAUGUGAGGUUGUGUUCUGAGGUAAUAAGAGGAAAAGGAAGCUUGUUUGUAGAGGUUGAUACCAUUCCCAUUCCAGGCCCUCCAGGCUCAUUCUUACCGAGUCCCCGGGGUAUGUGUUUUGAUGAGAAUCUUGGACAAAACUCUUCUGUUGUUACAAGCCAGUUCCAAUCUUCUAUGGACCAGCAGCUUGACAGAAACUCAUCUGAAUCACCUGUUUCUGCGGUUUCAAACUUUCCAGCUGGCAGAUUCAACUUUCCCGCAGAGUUUCCUUCAAUGAGCUUUUGUGUUCCAUCUCAUCAUGGGACCAUCCCUGAGGCUGCUGAGCCGAUGAGUGUUGACAAGGAAACACCUUGGAGAUUUAGAAACAACGGUCAUGAGCCCUGUUGUUGCCAAAGAAAAGACAUAAUCUCCUUGAAUCAUGAAGCAUCUCAUCUACUGCAGCGAAGAGCCAUGAACUUAACCAAAUCUCCUCCAAAUGAUGCGUUUGAGCAGUCACCGUACAUGAUCCAGAAAGAGUUUGAUCUUCAUAAUAGUAAAUUCUCCAGCAGUGCUGUUGUGCCUCCGAGUCCUUCAAACUCGGUUUUGAGGUUAAUGGGAAAAGACUUGAUGGUCAUGAACCAAGGAGAAGCAGACAACAAGGAUGAAGCAUCUCGGAUCAGCUUAAAACCAACCCCUCAGUUCCAUGAUCCUCAGCCUUGCGCUGGAACCGGCUUAUACUUCAACACAAGUCUAUGUUUAAGGAACAGUUUCGAGUCAUCAUCACAUCAGCAACCGCAGCAACAAACACAAGCUUCACCAUUCAGAAACAAUUUUGAUCACGUGAGGCACUUUUCUCCGAGCUAGCCAACGUAAAAGAUUGGACCUUUAUGCAGUUUAAGAAGAAACCGAGAAGUGGAUUCUCAUCGAGCAUGGGUGCACUGGGGGGUUUUAAGGUUACAUUUGGUAUGUUCUACUGCAUUUUCCAUGCCUUUAUCUCUUUCUGCAGAGACUGUGUAGUUACGGUUUACAAAACAAAAAGCAAACACUUGAAAAUAACAAACAUUCUGUAGAGGAAGAUAAGUAACUUACGCCUUUCAUUGCCACCAAA